AUGCUUGAUCCAUUCGAGGCCGCAGCAGACGUUUUUGGCGCGUCUGCCGACCAGGUCAAGCUCAUUUUUUGCUUGCUUGUCACAUACCCCCUCGGCUCUCUGUUUAUCCGCAUCCCGCCUACCCAGCCCGGCCUCAAGCACAUAUUCAACAUCGUCAUCACCAUUAUAUUCUUCUUCCCGUUGCUCAGGCUCCAGGUCGCAUUCUUCCAACUGCUGGCAAGCAUCCUCGCCACGUUCUUUAUCACCAAGUAUGUUCGCUCGAAACAGAUGCCCUGGAUCGUGUUUGGUGUGGUUAUGGGCCAUUUGACAGUCAACCACGUUAUACGCUCGAUGAACAACUUCAGCUACGAGACGCUCGAAGUCACCUCUCCUCAGAUGGUGCUUGUAAUGAAGCUCACCACCUUUGCGUGGAAUGUGUACGAUGGGAGACGAACUGAAGCAGACAUCGACGGAGACAAAUGGCAACUUGCGAAACGCGUCGUCAAAUUUCCAUCCCUGCUCGAAUUUCUUGGCUACUCAUUUUACUUCCCGGGCAUGUUGGUCGGGCCUUACCUUGACUUCGCCGGUUACAUGGACCUGGUGAAUGAGACGCAGUUCAAGGACCUCAAAAUCAAGGGGAAGCGCGGUCGGAACAUGCCUGAUGGUCGCAAACGCGUCGCCUACCGCAAGAUGGUCUAUGGAUUGAUUUACCUUGGCGUAUUUGUCGUAUUUGGCCCCAACUGGUCGUUCCAGCUCACCAAAACGGACUGGUUCUUACACCAACCCCUUUAUAUCAGGAUUGCGGUUCAUCAAAUUUGUGGAACAACCGAGCGCAUGAAGUACUACGCGCUUUGGAUUCUUACUGAGGGCGCCAGCAUUGUUACCGGCAACGGAUUCUCUGGCAUCAGCCCUACUGGACAAACUAUGUGGGAAGGUGCCCGAAAUGUUACUCCUCUGGAAGUUGAGCUGCCAUCCAAUUGGAAGACAUCGCUCGACCACUGGAAUACCAAGACAAGCAUUUGGCUGCGCGAGACGGUUUACAAGCGCAUCACACCCAAGGGCAAGAAGCCUGGGUUCUCUAGCAGCAUGCUUACGUUCUUCACCAGCGCGUUUUGGCAUGGGACUGCAGGAGGCUACUACUUAUCUUUCCUGACCGGGGGUUUCAUUACCACCAUCGGGCGUCUUGCACGCGCCAACUUCCGCCCAUUGGUUCUUCCCGCACCUGGAAAGCCGCCAACCAUCGCCAAGCGGCUGUACGAUAUCGUUGGGACGUUCAUCACAGUCCUCUUACUAAACUACACGGUUGCACCAUUCAUGCUGUUGACAACUGCAUCAUCGAUGGCCACGUGGGCGCGUUUGUGGUUCUAUGGGCAUGCCAUUAUUGCUGGCACCCUCGUGUUCUUCUACGCGGGUGGGGCAAAGGCAUGUCGCCGGUUGCAGAAGCGACAAGCGUUGAAGGAGGGUAGAGCCAAGAAGGAGGACGAUGCUUCCACCGAAGUCGCAACACCAGCGGAGGAAAAGCUGCUGACUGUACCUCCGCCGUUGGAUAGUAUCGUACCCCCUCCAGGGCAGUAA